UCACACGCCGGCGAGUUUGUUUUUUUUUUUAAACAAACCGAGUUUUUUGGAUUUGGAUUGCCGCAUCCGGAGUGCAUCUCCUCGUCCUGAUCCUCCGCUCCGCCAAGAUGCGCCCGUGCCCGCUGGCAUUGGCCGUGCUGCUGGGCGCCUGCCACCUGCUGCUGGCCUGCAACCACUGGGUGCUGCGCGAGGAGCAGAUCGUGCCCAAGCUGGACUCGCCCUUCCACAUGCGGGAGCCCAAGAACCUGGCCGCGUUCCUCGAGCAGAUCAGGUACAGCGAGUACGUGGAGAGGUCGUACCUGGAUCUGCUGCGCAAGCGGGAGCAGAUUGUGGAGCACCUGCGAUUCUCGAUGCGCUUCGGGGAGGAUCUGGCGGAGCAGGCCAAGUGCGCCAUGGACUACUACAUGCUGGAGAAGCGCAUGUCGUACCUGAAGAUCACGCCGGAGCAGCUGAAGCGGAUCAAUCUGCCGGACCAGCGGCAGCUGCACAUCCAGAAGAGUGCCUCCGCCAUGGGAAUGGAGCCGGUUUGCAGUGACUACCAUCGCUUGAGCGUGGGCCCGGCCACCUACGAUCACCUGGAAAGCUUCCAGCCCGACGUGCUGGCCGCCGCCUUCCUGGAGCGCGAGCACGACACCAAUGUGGGCAUGGCCACGGUGGAGCUGACCCGGCGAUUCGCCGUGGACGGACUGCAGCACCAUCCGUCGUCGUGGAAGUUCCACACCCUGAGCUCCUACUACUGGCGGAUGCGCGGCAACGCCCGGGAGGCCUUGCCCUGCGCCAGACUGGCUGCCCUGCUGGCCCCGCCGAUAUUCAAGGACAUACCGCUGCUGAGUCUGGGCACCAUACUCUUCCGCAUGGGCCGGCUGGCCGAUGCCGACCUCAUACUCAGCGCUGCCGUGGAGCAUGCCCCACAUGUGGCCGAGAACCAUGUGGUGCUGGCCUCGGCGCUGGCCAUGAAGCACGACUUCAACCGAUCCCUGCAGCACUUCGACGAGGCCGAGCGCCUGGAUCCCAGCACACUGCCGCGCACUCAGCAGGUCCGAAACUUCAUCAGCUGCCUGGAGAAUCUCACCAAGAAGACCUCCAAGAUGUAUAGCUACGUGAAGUACAUGAAGAACGAGGUGAAGGAGUUCAAGAAGCUGAAGCACCACAUCUCUCAGAACCACGAGCGACUGAUCCAGCAGCAGCUGCCGUUGGGCGCGCGCCGCCUGCUCGGCCUGGACGCCAAGACCAACAACGAUGACCUCCAUCGGAGGGGUCAGUACUGCAGCACGCGGACCCCGAAUGGCUCCGACGAGCCCGUGCUCUUCUGCGACUUCUACUCGGACAUGCAGAUGCGGCUGGAGAGCAAGGACGUGGACAUCGACGUGCUGGAGCGGGACCUCAAGGCCAACACGGACGCGGUCAUCCGGCAGGUGUCCACCGAGAUCCGGAAGCAGUUCAACCUGGAGCAGCUGAAGGCGGCCAAGGCCCAAAUGCCCGCCAAGGCCACCAAGGCCACAUAGUGGUAGAGCAGUGGUCACCACCAGAUGGACCGGCACAUUCCCCCCCACAAAGCAACCAAACACUUCGGGUCACAAACUAGCUUUUACUCUUCAUCUGUUCAGUUAGUAUUUAGGUCUGUGUGCGAGUGUCGUGUGUAUAUAUUAACCGAGAUACCGGAAGAGUCAUCAGGAAUAGCUUAAUCGUACUAGCCAUGUAAGCGGGGACGUUCGAGCAGAGGUUUUCGCCGCACGCCUCCACAGUGGGCCAAUAGGUAGGCAAAGGAGUUUCCCAGGCCAUUUGUUGGGCUCACAGUUUUAUGUAGGAGUACUCUUAAAACAUUCGUUAAGCUUCAAAAAUAUGUAUUGCCACUGCGGCUGAUCACAAUUACAUUUCUUAGACUUUAAACACAUUCAGGCAUUGCAGUUAAGUUAAACUAGGGAAAGCAAUUGAGAUAUGUUUGAGUUUUGACACAUUCGAUAAGAAUUAAGUUUAAGUGUUCGGAGAAGUGCCGAGCUCCUUGGAUUUUGCUUGUAAUCAACUAAGACAAGGACUCUAUGUGCACUCUCAGUUAUUUUUAGGUUCAUCUAGUAUAGAUAUCAUGGCAAUUUUACUGUGUUCGAAUGCGUCCAGAGCCUCCCUCGAAUGUCCCAAAGAGAACAUAGUAUGGCGCCUAGGCCAACGCGUAUUUGUAUUUAACACUAGUCUUACACCCCGUUCUGUUUCCUAAUCUUAAAGAAGUCUACAAAGUAACUACAGCCGUGAGCUAAUCGAAGAACA